AUGACUCGGAGGAGUCCAGUGCAGUUUGUCUUCCAUCCAAAGGAGGUCCAUGAGAAGAAGACUCCACACAAAGACAGCCGUUUACACACUCUCCAAACCUUGGACACCAAGUGCACUUCCUCGCCUUCCAGCGCGGAGCCAGGUGACCUAUCGCCUCUGGUGGACACAGCCAACAUGGAGAAUGAGCAUUACAGGUUGAACCCUCUGUGGUCUGAGAACAUCUCAGACUCGCUCCCCCCAGAACUCCAACCUUUUCUCCUGCCACACCCAGUUCGCACUCAGAACCUACAAGACAACCAGAUCGAUCCGGGUCUGUUGUCUGGGGACGAUGAGAUAGACAACUCCAUCAAUAGUGUCGGGUUCUCGUCUUCCAUGACUUCCGUGGAGCCACAGCGUGGCCUGUAUGAUGAUCGGACUCCCGCAAGUCCGCCGCAGGAGUAUAUUGUGUCCCCUGGUGUCGAGCUUCCGCCUCCCGUGAUUUCUGUGGGGCUACAUGAUGAUUCAAUGACCCCUAGUGUUGCGUCUAAGCUUCCCGCGGGGCCGCUGCAUGAUGACUGGAUGCCACUCCGUCCGCCGCCUGUCCUAAUGCAUUUCGGCAGCAUGCCAGCUACAGUGGGUGGUAAAUCUGGGACGGGCGAAGUUACAGAGAGUUCAUGGUCAUCCCAGGGCCCAGUACUAGUGAUAGUUGAAGGCGUUGGUGCACAAAGUGGUAACUUCAGUAUUCAGCCGUCGAUGACCAUCAGCAACGACUGUGAACGUGUUGGGACCAUAACUCGCGGAAGUUUCGUGGAGGCUGGGAUGCAGAUCGGCGGCGGCAACGUUGUCACUGACAGAAAUAAACUCCGACCGAACCCAGCCGAUGCAUGUACCCAACUCGGAUCCACCACAACUGACUUCACCAAAAAUCUUGACCAGACUGAACUUGUCCAUGGCCUGUCCAGUGACCGAUACGACUUGGCUGCGGAGACACAGAAACGUACGAACAAGAACGCAAGUAAACCCGCAGCAGCUCCCGCAGCCAACCCCAGCCCCAGACCCGCAUCUGUUCGUCCUGCAGCGCUAGAGGUUGUCGUAGCUUGUGCGCUUGCCGUACCCGAUGCAGAUGACGACGUUGUGGUUAUGGGGGAAGUGGUGGGAGUCGGUAAGGUGGUUAAGGUGCUUAUGGAUGAGAGCACGCUCUGCACAACUGACGACUCGGAAGAGACGAUGGAGGAAAGCGAGGAAAGCACGGAGGAUGCAGCUGUAGUGUCGAAAGAGACGGUGCUGAGAGGUAGUCCGCUUGAUCUAUAA